AUGAGGCCUCAACCUGCUUGGCGCUCUUUUAGCCUGCUGCAGCGACCAUCGCGCUGCAGUAUUGGCCGCCGCACAAUUCAAACAGCCAGCCCUGCCCGGGUCCCCAAUUUUGCUUUUGCCUUUGAUAUCGAUGGUGUCCUCCUACGAGCUUCUAAGCCAAUUCCUGGCGCUGCCGACUCAUUGGCUCUCCUGAAACAGCAAGGAAUUCCUUUUAUCCUCCUCACCAAUGGCGGCGGUAAACACGAGACAGAACGAGUGGCUGAGAUCAGCGAGAAGCUGAAUGUGCCCCUGGAUGCGGCUGAUAUUGUACAAAGUCACUCUCCUUUCGCCGAAUUGGUGAAAGGGCCAGAUGAGUCAAGCGCGCUGGAGAACAAAUGUGUUUUGGUGGCUGGAGGUGAUGGGGACAACUGCCGGCGCGUUGCGGAACAAUAUGGAUUUAAGAAUGUUGUGACACCCGGAGACAUCUUCAUGGCCAAUCAAUCCAUCUGGCCAUUCUCUAAGAACUUCUCAGACCACUACAAGACAUUUGCCAGACCUCUUCCGAAACCAAUUGACCCCACUGAUCCGAAAAAGGGGCUGAAGAUUGACGCGGUCUUCGUUUUUAAUGAUCCCCGGGACUGGGGCUUAGAUACACAGGUCAUUAUGGACAUUCUGCUUUCACGCCAGGGGCAUGUAGGUACCCUGUCGGACAAAAAUGGACAGAUUGACCUCCCCAAUCACGGGUAUCAACAGGACGGCCAGCCUCAUCUAUACUUUUCAAACCCGGAUUUAUUCUGGGCAGCCGCCUAUCCCUUACCCCGUCUUGGCCAGGGCGGAUUCCGUGAGGCACUAGAGGGUGUCUGGGCUGCUACCACAGGCGGACCGAGCAAGGGCAUUGAACUAAAGAAGACUGUGAUUGGAAAGCCUUACCAGGGAACCUAUGAAUUUGCUGAGCGACAACUGCUUCGGAAUCGGACCAGGAUCUUUGGAGGUGCAGCUGAUCUCCCACCUCUAAAACACGUGUAUAUGAUUGGUGACAACCCGGAGUCGGACAUUCGGGGUGCAAACUCCUACCGCAGUGAAUUCGGAAGCAAGUGGCAGUCCAUCUUGGUUCGCACUGGAGUUUAUCCUGGUGGUGAGCCUGCUUGGACUCCUACUACUAUAGCAGAUGAUGUCCAGAAGGGUGUACAGUGGGCACUGAAGACCUCCAAGUGGUCUUCGUGA